GACGCCAUCGCGCUGCGUUAUUUAGUUUGUAAACUUCCCGAAGAAGCAGAGACGAUGCUAGGUUGUAGCUAGCCGUUUGGUGAUUAGAGUAAUGGAUUAAAUCAUCAAAUAUUUUAAGAAAUAUAAAUGCCAUUACAUUAAUACUGUCAUUUGACAAUUUACGUCACUAGUCAUCUAAUGUCAACGCGCCAGUGGGGAAUUAAUUCUGGUUUGUUUACAAGCUAAAUUAGUGGCAGUGUCGGGGGCUAUAAGGUAGCUAGCUAGCUAGCUAACGUUAGUAGCACUCAUGAUGGCUUCUAGUUACAACGCCAAAGACGAAGACGGAAAUAUCACCGUGUCCGGACCUGGUGGCGGGGCUUUGCGGAGCAAGAAGCCAGAAAACACCGCGUUUAAACAGCAGAGACUUCCCGCAUGGCAGCCCAUCCUCACCGCGGGCACAGUCCUACCUGCUUUCUUCGGCAUCGGACUCUUCUUCAUCCCCAUCGGCAUCGGCCUGUAUGUAACGUCCAACAACAUCAAGGAGUUGGAGAUUGAUUACACAGGAUCUGACAUGUCCAGUCCCUGCUUCAACUGCUCCCAGAGCUUUAGCUGGAACAGCACAAAGCCUUGCACCUGCACAAUCCCCUUCCACCUGGACCAGCCAUAUGAUAGUAAUGUCUUCAUGUAUUACGGGCUGUCCAACUUUUACCAGAAUCACCGUCGCUACGUUAAGUCAAGAGAUGACAGCCAGCUGAAUGGAGACAGCGGAUCCCUCAUGAAACCCAGUAAGGAGUGUGAGCCUUAUGCUUAUUUUGAGAAGAAGCCCAUCGCACCGUGCGGGGCCAUCGCCAACAGCAUGUUCAAUGACACGUUGGAGCUGUUUUACAACAACCCCAACGGCACGAAGGUUAAAAUCCCACUGACGUCUACAGGAAUCGCCUGGUGGACAGACAAGCAUGUAAAGUUCAGGAACCCCGGAGGCAGCAACCCAAACUUCACUGCGGUUUUCCAGGGAACAGCGAAGCCAGUGAACUGGCGCCGGCCUGUCUACGAGCUGGACUCAGACCCGGAGAACAAUGGCUUCAUCAAUGAGGACUUCAUCGUGUGGAUGAGAACUGCCGCCCUGCCGACCUUCCGCAAACUUUACCGCAUCAUCCAGAAGAAGGACGACCUGCUCCCAACUCUGCCCCGAGGAAGCUACACUCUGGAGGUUGUCUACAAUUAUCCCGUUCGCAGCUUUGAGGGCCGCAAGCGAAUGAUCCUCAGCACCAUCUCCUGGAUGGGCGGCAAGAACCCGUUCCUGGGCAUCGCCUACAUCACCGUGGGCUCCGUCUGCUUCUUCCUGGGCGUCAUCCUGCUGAUCAUCCACCACAAAUACGGAAACCGCAGCAACAGCGCUGACAUCUCCAGCUGAGAACUGCAGCCUAGCUCGCCUCUGCUGCGGCACUCUGUGACACAUCGGUGCUCGUAAACUCUCAUGAAGUGAACUUACCAGUUUUAGUAUCCACAUUAACUUCAAUUAAAUGUCAGUUGUUUUUUUUAAAUCUCUUAACAGUGCCUAAUUUUUUUAUUGUUUUUGGGCCAAAGUGAAUGGAAAAAAUAGCCAAACAAGAGCAACCACAUGUUGAGGCCUAACAGUUUUGACAGAUAUUCAGUCAUGGCCACACGUAGCGUGAUGUGAUGUCUCUCAGCUUUACAGUCUAGGAUGUACUAGGAUGUACAGUCCAGGAUGGAGAUUAAAUAAAACUUCCAGAUGUGGAGAAGUCGUUUGUGCUC